AUGGCAGUAGGGAAUAAAGAAGAGGGCCUCAUGACACCGGUCCAUCUUUUCUCUCAUGGCUCAACAAUGAUGCUUGGCGAGGAAAGCAACUCUGCCACUUACUGGAAAAAAUGUGGCGACGAGGCUCUUGCUCAGGGAAUCGAGCACAUUAUCAUGAUGGGCGCACACUGGGCGACAAAUGCCCCUGGGGAGGUCCUCAUUUCUGCGAACCCAAAGCCUGGGAAGUCUCCGGUAGCUUAUGUGAACCCGGAAAAGUACCAACCUUACAAGUUGAACCCGGAUCUUGACUACAUCCCCACCAUCCAAGCUCACCUCAACGCAGCCGGCAUCAGUUCAAAAACCGACCCGACCUUCGACUGGAUCCACGACACGUACCUGAUCCUGAUCCGCAUGUUCCCUAAAGGAUGCCCGCCCACGACUCUGAUCUCCAUGAAUGACUUUUAUGACCCUCAUUUCCAUGUUGCCGUUGGCGCCGCUCUCCGCCCGCUUCGCAUGGCCAGGCACAAGACACUCUUCAUCGGUUCGGGGGGCUCUGUUCAUAACCUCUAUCGAAACAACUGGGGCCCCAUGCUCCGCUUUCGUGACAACUUUGCCCAGCUUACCCCUCCGGAAUAUUGGGCCCUCGAUUUUCGCCAGGAGGUUAUCGACACCUUUUGUACAGCUUAUGAGGAAGACGUUCCUACUGAUAAAGCCACCUACGGCCGCCCCAUCCGCGGCAAGAAGCCAUGUGGUGGACCAAUGCUGAGGCGCAAGGUGACAAGCCUCAUGAAGCACCCUAAAUACCGCGAUGCGCACGCCACAGAUGAUCAUUUCAUGGCCACGAUGUUUGUUGGGGGUUUGUGCGGUGCUAAGGGUGAUGAGAAGAUGAGAGCCGAGAUGGGCGCUGAAGAUUGGGAAUUGACCAACAUGUGUAACUCGCAAUUUACACUUGGGAGCUGGGCAGAUGCAAAGUAA